UCAGCUGUUCAAUGCGGAAGUAAACAUCAUUCAGCUGAACGGACAACACGGAGGGAGCUUCACGGCUGCAGGACCGGCUCUCCAAAUGACGUCGCUGAUUUGCACUUUACAAGACCAUCGAGACGAUGUCAACUGGUGUGCCUUCUCUGGGAAACUGUUCGCCACGUGUUCUGGGGACAAAACUCUCCGGAUAUACAACACGCACGAUUUCUCCGAGCUUCCCUUCUCCCCGCUGACGGGACAUGGGUACACCGUGCACUGCUGCUGCUUCAGUAGCUGCGGACAGUUCCUCGCCUCAUGUUCCACUGAUGCCACCACAUUGGUCUGGUCCAUGAGCACGGGAGAGAUCGAGGCCGUGCUGGAGCAUCCCGGCCGUAGUCCUGUGAGGAUCUGCGCUCUCUCUCCUGACUCUGCUCACCUGGUGUCCGGUGCAUCGGACGGCUCUUUGGCUCUGUGGGAUUUCCCCGCCAAACAGCUGCUAAGGAGCGGAGGAGUGAGUGACACGACGAUGGUGGCCUGCUGCUUCAGCCCCUGCAGUCAGCUGUUCAUGACGGGCUCCACCUACGGGGACCUGCGUCUGUGGGACCUGGACAUGAACCAGCUCCUCGCGGAGAAAAACGCCCACGACCUGGGGGUCACCUGCUGCACCUUCGCUCCCAGCAUCCUCAGUGGUGGUCAGUCUGUACAGUUUUGUCUGGCUUCCUGUGGGCAGGACAGUCACCUGAAGAUCUGGGCUGUUAACAAGUCCGGCUGUGGAGGCUAUAAGAUGCAGCUCCUGCACACGUUGACGGGCCAAUCAGCUCCAGUCCUCUGCUGUGCGUUCUCCUCAGACGGACAGCUGCUGGUGUCUGGCUCUGUGGACAAAACUGUUGCAAUCUAUGAUGCUAAAAAUGCAAUGUUGCUGUACACACUGAACCAGCACGAGAGGCUGGUGACGGCAUGCUGCUUCUCCCCGACCUCACCGCUCAUUGCUACGGGGUCUAUGGAUAAGACUGUAAACAUCUGGAGGCUGGAGGACGGGUGCAGUGACCGAGGCGGGAAGUCGUUGCCUGAGCUGUCUGCUUUGCCAUCAAGUGAAGGGAGAACCUCAGCGGGCCGAUCCAGGCUGCUGGUCAGCGAUUGGUCGGAGGGGGAUGUGUCAGCGUGGCUGGUGGAGGAAGGCCUCGAGGGAUUGGUGGACAGAUUCAGGGCCAACAACAUUGAUGGGACAGAGCUGCUCAGUCUCACCAAGGAAACGCUGGCGUCAGAGCUGCACAUAGAGUCAGUAGGCCUGCGCAGUAAACUCCUGAGGAAGGUGGAGGAGCUGAAGAGUGAUUCCGUGUGUUCAGGCAUUCCUGAUGAGUUCCUGUGUCCCAUCACCAGAGAGCUGAUGAGGGAACCAGUCAUUGCUGCCGAUGGAUACUCGUAUGAAAGAGAGGCCAUUGAAAGCUGGAUCAACACUAAGAACCGGUCCAGCCCCAUGACCAACCUCCCCCUCUUGACCACCCUGCUCACCCCUAAUCACACCCUGAAAAUGGCUAUCGGCCGCUGGCAGACAAGCCGCUAGCAUCUGAAAGACCUCUGACCCACAGUACCCCAAAUAUCUUCCCCACAGUAGACAGGAGUCCAAGGCAUUUCAGGAACAGGUGCAUCAGAUUCAUUGUGUUGCAUUCAAGGCAUCUACAUACUGUUAGAGUUUUUUGUUUGCAUUCAUUUAUAAAGCUAACUGUGAAGCAAAAUCAAAUCAACAGGUCUAAAUGUUCUUUGUGCUUAUUUAGUUUGAAUUUCCAUAACACCUAAAGUUAGUACAGAGCAAUAUGAGAGUCACAGGGUAGCACUGCUUCUGGCCACCUGAGGAACGCAAGGUUAAAUAAUAACAAAGCUUUAUAGAUCAUUUUAGCUGGAAACGUUGUUGUUUUCGAUCUCUCUCAACUAGUGGCGGCGCCAGAGCAUUUUUGUUGGCUAAUCUAUGGUAGGGCUAACCCAUACAGUGGUGGUGCUCAAGUCAGUAUUUGCAAUGUAAUUACAUACACGCUAUAUUGCCCCCCUUGACAGUGAAACGCCACGCGUGAGGUUUAGAUUAUU